CAUGAAAGCUGUCAAUUCUCUUCCCUCCUUUCUCUUAAAACCUUCCAUGCAUAGAGCCCAUACCAAAAAAAAAAAACAUAUAUAGUUCAUCAACCUCAAGAUCUACAGAAAAGAACUAAACAAGGAAGGAGAAACUGAGUUAUUGGUUCAAGUUAACCACAGGGAAAAAAAAACAUAAUGAAAGGAAGAGAAAUCAGAAGAGCUCCAUCAGCAGAUCUGUUAGUGUGUUUUCCUUCUAGAGCCCAUCUAACGCUAAUGCCCAAACCCAUUUGCAGUCCUGCAAGGCCCUCGGAAACCAGCAAACCCCGCCAGAACCGACAUCACCACCAACAGCAACGCCACCACCACUUGAAGAAAUCCAGCACCAGGGGUGUUGGCAUCCGAGCAAGUCCUCUCUUAUGGGCCAAAGCCAAGCAAAUGGGGUCAGAGGUAUCAGAACCAACAUCACCAAAAGUAACGUGUGCUGGGCAGAUCAAAGUCAGGCACAAGGAAAGUUCCUGCAAGAACUGGCAAUCAGUCAUGGAAGAGAUUGAAAAAAUUCACAACAGCAGGAAACAUACCAAAAAAUCAACUUGGAUUGACUCACUUGGAUUCAAGAAAGAUAUAAUGCAUUUCUUGACAUGUUUAAGAAACAUAAGAUUCGAUUUUCGAUGCUUUGGUUCAUUUCCAGCUCAUUCAGAUAUCACCAGUGAUGAUGACGAAGUUGAUGAAGAGUACGAGGGAUAUCAAGAAAACCAUGUUGGUGUCGAGGGAAGAAAUGACAAUGAGGAUUCAAGAACCAUAUUUUCUAAAUGGUUCAUGAUGCUGCAAGAGAAUCAGAAUAGCACUACUGGUCUCUUCAAAGAAGAAAUUAAACAGAAACAGAGGUCUUGCAAUGAUGAGUCUGUAGCUGCACCCUCUGUUCCACCACCUAAUGCUCUCCUGCUUAUGAGGUGUAGGUCUGCUCCGGCAAAGAGUUGGCAGGAAGAAGAAGAAGACGAAAAAGAAGAAGAAGAAGAAGAAGACAGGAAGGAAGAAGAGAAGAAAGGAAAGAAUUUAAAGGCUUUAAUGGAGGAAGAGAAAAGAAAUAGUAAAAAAGAGAACUUGGUAGUGAUGAGUUAUGAUACUGAUUUCAAUAAACUUUCAACUGAUAUAGCAAAGGAAACAUGGGUUGUUGGUGGAAUGAGAGAUCCAUUAUCAAGAAGUAGAAGUUGGAAGAGAUGAUCAUGAACCUGGUGAUCCUGCUACAUUUUCCAUUUUACAAAGUCCCUGCCGAGUAAUUACUUUCUCUCUGUUCAAUAAUUAAUUUCUUUUUCCUUUCAGAAUUGUUGUGUGGGAUUUGGAAAUCAAAUCCCGAUCACCAUUACUAGUUCUAUUAUUGAUAAGAUUUGAAGUAUUGAUACAUUUGUACAGCUUUUCUAUCCUUUCCCUGGAAAUUAAGAAUUUGGCUGCCAUGUAUAUCUUGUACUGUAAUUUUGCCUACCCUACUCAAUUCAGAAUCUGAUCAGUGUAAAGCUUUUAUUGUCUA